UUCAGAACAAAGAAGCCAUUCCACACACAGACGCUUUGGUACUGACAUUGGCACAACCACUGGUCUCUCAUCUCUGCUGUCCCUCGGUGCUCCCCGUAUUGCUUGUGUUUGCCUGAUAGCCAGUUCGCGUCACUCGAUUUUCCUAAACGAAAGAGCGGGACACUUGUUUUUACCCUCAUUGUAUCGAAAAAUUUGUUAACUACAGAUUUCUACACCUACUCGUGUGCUGAAGUGUCGGAGAUCAUGCUACUCAGGUGGUGCGUGGUAGUGGCUGUGGUGGCUGUCCAUCUGGUGUUCGCAGAAGUCCGGAAUAGAAAGCAAGAGCCGGAUGAUCUCGACUACUUAGAUGGAAUAAAGGACUCCGCAGCCCACCAGGAGGAGGUGAAUGCCCGGUACUCCGCCAGGAUCAACAAAAUGGACAUGUUGGAAGAUUACCCACAAGAUGAGGAUGACGACUACCACCCCCAUCACGGCACUCCUGACUACGAUGAUGAUUACGACGACGACGAUGACGAUGAUGAUGACGAUGAUGAAGAUGAUGACGAUGAUGACGAUGAUGACGAUGGUGGAUGUGGUGGUGAUGAUGAUGACGAGGACGACGAGGAACCUAAUCCAGUGGAGGAGGUUAUAGAUGAAUACUUCACUAGAGAGAGAGAGAGAGAGAGAGAGAGAGAGAGAGAGAGAUACCAAUGCGGCACAAUGAGCUUAUUCGCUUUAAAUUUUCUUAAGCUUAGCUGAUUUUUGUUCCUUUCUUUAUAAUUUUCUUGACUUCACGUUCUGUUAUUGUUACUAGUUAAUGAGCCACCACGCCAUGCAUUUCUUCCAAGCAGCUUUCAUUGAGAUUUCUAUAUAUGUGACAAAUUAGGUAGGGUGUGUGUUUGUUUACCAAAGUAGGCUAGCUAGUAUAGGAAAUAUAGAAUAACAAACUGAUGAAUUGUUUCCUACUUUUGUGUUGUAUAAUAAUGUGUAAUGUUUUGCUUGUAUUCGGCAUCAGUAACAUGAAAGUCAGUAUUCUUAAAGUCCCAUCGGUUAUUCUUAAUAUUAACAUUCUGGAGCGGAGUUGACUGGAGUUUUCAGUGGUGUUUGUAAGACUGGAAUGAUGACCUAAAGUAAUUACAUAUCGUCAAUAAGAAAAGCAGAGUACCUUCUGUGAUUCAUGAGGAUGGUACCUGCACGAGAACUAGGCUUUUAAGAACACUGGCUCUGACUCUCUACUAAGGUUCUUCAUAUAGCAUUAAGUUUGUGAAUAAGGAAUACGAAGACAAAGAGCACUGGUAUGAUUCCUAGUAUGUUUUAGUUGAUGCUGGUCGGCUAAUAACACCUUGGAAGACUUGAAAACACUCAGUAUGAUUUCUCUUGUAUAUCUUUUUAUUUGUUGGCUUUUAUUUUAUCAAAGCAUAUGACUUUGGUGUCGCAGCGUCUUCAAGCAGUCCAUCGGUCCGUUUCUGCACGUUUUCCUGCAGUAAUGGCGGUUCUAUCUGUUACUUUAGAAUCUAAUUGUCUUCUCCAGGUGUUCCAUCAGCAUUCCUAAGACCGGUUUGAGGUCUGUUGUAGCUUAGAAGUGUCUGCAAGUUUGUGAUUCUUUGUAUUGUUAGUCCUAUGUAUUGUUAGUAUCCUUUUAAUAAUUUAAUCCUUGAAAGUUAUCAUAAAUCAUCUUCCUUAUAUGAUUAAUUUUUUCCCAUAUAUACGUACUCUAUCAAUUAUGUGCCGAUCAGCUGAAAUGUUGAAGAAUAUCUUCGCAUGGAUCUGACACAUGGCAUGUAAGAGAAUAUAUACGAGAAGCUACUCGGCCUAAAGCUGGUUCUUACAAUAUUUACUUAUAUAGUAUGUAAACAACCUACGCCGAAGUACGUUUCUGUGCAAAAAUAUGACCAACGUGUUACCAUGUACUUAUAUUUUCUUACAUAUAUAAUUCCAAUUGGUUUUAUUAUUGUAUUUUCAUAUCUAUUAAUUUACUAUGAUUUGUUUUACUUGGUGACCACCUAAUACCAGUUUCAGUUGCCACACCAUUACUAAUUUUGUGAUGAACAUGGUCCUGUCUUCAUAGUACUAUGUAGUCCUACACUCCAGAUUUUCCCUAAAUAUAUGUUUCCUAUCCAUAUAUUCGCUAGUUAUUGUCUUUCUUGCAAACAAUACUUAACCUCAAUACUUCCUAUCACUUAUUUUUCUUAGAAUGGAGUUUAGCAUUCAUGGUUUCCCUCAAAUUGUUUAAUUUUCAUCAAUAUAUUUACUGUUACCUUACUAUAUUCAUUAUCUAUAUGAAUUAUCAUAUUUCAUUUCUAUAGCAUGAUUAGUACUGUAGCAAGUUUUCCUCAAAUAAAAUUUCCGACGUAAAAUUA